AAAACCAAACCCGUUGCCAUUCAGUCGAUUCCAACUCAUAGUGGCCCGAUAGGACAGAGUAGGACUGCCCCAUAGGGUUUCCAAGGAGCGCAUGGUGGAUUUGAACUGCUGACCUUUUGUAGCUCUUAACCACUUGAGUCCCCUGAAUAAUCAUGUCUAAUGGGACUGGCCAGGAGUAGUACCAGGGAGGGGAGUCUUAAGUUGUUUGUCUUUAUUGUGUAUGGUACUAGACUUAUACUUAAAAACCACUUUUCUGUAUGGCUUGCUCACUUGCUUACCAGAUAAUACAUGGAGAAGAGGUUGGGACAUUCAGCUCUGAAACUGAUUUCAACAAAAUUUGAAGAGUUGGAAAAAGGAAAAAAAAUGUAAAAAAACAUUAACAAAUUCCAAAUUCCUUUUUAUGCCCUGUUCUUUCUAGCUUCAUUUUUUUUGUUUGUUUUCGUUUUUGUUCUUCUUUCAAGAAAAUUAAAACAGUAAGUUUUCAUGGAGAAAUGGAAUCAAACUUCUAAUGAUUUCAUUUUGUUGGGACUCCUUCCCCCAAAUCAAACUGGCAUGCUGCUCUUGUGCCUUAUCCUCCUUGUAUUCUUUCUGGCCUCAGUGGGAAACUCAACCAUGAUUUUCCUCAUUUGCAUGGAUUCCCGACUCCACACACCCAUGUACUUUCUCCUUAGCCAGCUCUCACUCACGGACCUGAUGUACAUCUCUACUACCGUCCCCAAGAUGGUGCAUAACUUCCUCUCUGGCCACAAAGGCAUCUCUUUCCUAGGAUGUGGCUUUCAAAGCUUCUUCUUCUUGACAACGGGUGGUGCUGAAGCCUUACUCUUGGGCUCCAUGGCCUAUGACCGUUACGUGGCCAUCUGUCACCCCCUCCAUUAUCCCAGCCAUGUGACUAGAAGGAUGUGUGUCCAGAUGAUCAUAGGAUCUUGGAUCUUGGGGUCCAUCAACUCUUUGGCACACACAGCCUAUAUCCUUCAUAUUCCUUACUGCCGGUCCAGGGCCAUUGAUCAUUUCUUUUGCGAUGUCCCAGCCAUGGUGUCUCUUGCAUGUAUGGACACCUGGGUCUAUAAGUACAUGGUUUUUGUGAGCACUAGCCUCUUUCUGUUCCUUCCUUUCCUUGGCAUCACUGCUUCCUACAGCAGAGUCCUUCUGGCUGUCUACCAUAUGCGCUCCAAAGAAAGAAGGAAAAAGGCCUUCACCACCUGUUCAACGCAUUUAACUGUAGUUACCUUUUACUAUGCACCAUCUGCUUACACCUAUAGUCGGCCCAGGAAUGUCCACUCACCAGCAGAAGAUAAGAAUUUGGCCAUUUUUUACACCAUCCUCACUCCCAUGCUCAAUCCCAUUAUCUACAGCCUGCGGAAUAAGGAAGUCCUCAGGGCCAUGACAACAGUGUUUGGAAUAUUUUCUUCUAAGAAAGAAUAGUCAUGGCUGUCCUUACUUUUUUUUUUCUUUAUUUUCUUUUUUGUGUUGAGUCGAACAUCUUAGAGAAGUGCUUUUCAAUAGAAAUAUAAUAGAAGACAUAUGUAAUUUUAAAUUUUCCAGUAGACAUAUUAAAAAGUUAAAUGAAAGUGAAAUUAAUUUAAAGAGUAUAUUUAUUUAACAAAACAUUAGUAAUAUUGUAACUAAUAUAAAUUUUAUCUAUUUUGAUGUUAAUUGUGUAUUCUAUUAUUACAAUGUAUUAUAUA